AUGGAGAAGAUUUUGUGGGCCGGCGGCGCCGUUCUAACGGUGACUGGCGGCGGUUACCUGCUCUAUAAGGCCAAAAAGAAAUGGUGGGACGCGGCACCGGUAGAACCCGCACCGGUAGAACUUGCACCGGCUGAAUCCGCACCGGUAGAACCCGCAUCGGUAGAACUUGCACCGGUAGAACUUACACCGGUAGAACUUGCACCGGUUGAACUUGCACCGGCUGAACUUGCACCGGUAGAACUUCCACCGGUAGAACUUGCACCGGCUGAAUCCGCACCGGUAGAACUUGCACCGGUAGAACUUACACCGGUAGAACUUGCACCGGUUGAACUUGCACCGGCUGAACUUGCACCGGUAGAACUUCCACCGGUAGAACUUGCACCGGCUGAACCCGCACCGGUAGAACUUCCACCGGCUGAACCCGCACCGGUAGAACUUGCACGGGCUGAAUCCGCACCGGUAGAACCCGCAUCGGUAGAACUUGAACCUGUAGAACCCGCACCGGUAGAACUUGCACCGGUAGUACCUGCGUGUUACUACCACGACAGAUACGGGUCGGCGGCGCACAGAUGUCGUCCUCCGUGCGGCUACAGGCCAACUGAGGCAGGACAGCCGGAGCCACCGUGUGUGUACCACAGGCGACACGGCGCGGAUGCAGUAAACUGCAUACUGCCGUGUGGAUUUGCAGGAGUGCAGGAGUACGGCAUAGGGGAGCCCGUACCAUACUGCAUAUACCAUCGGCGGUUCGGUCCGGAGGCGGUGAACUGCCGAGCCCCGUGUGGCUUUAGGGCCAUACACUGA